UCAUCUAUUCCUUCCCUCAUUCUUAUCGGCUCCCCCAUCUUCAUUCCCUCUUCUUGGUCCGCUCCGAGACACACAAGAAACAGCAGAAAGGCAAAGUAUGCAUGCUAUAUCAGUGCCUUCACCGAUGAGUGUGAGAGUAGUGAGAGUGGGAGCUUCUUGGGAUACCCAACAAAGACUCCCAUACAACCGCAACGCCCCAAGAAAGUUAAAGCAAACCCCCUCCUCCACCACCAUUCCCACCACCGAAACCCCUCCAACUGUCUCUCUAACUGCCUCAACUACCCGUACGGCCGACCACGUCUUUGAACUUCUCAAACGCCCAACUCAAGAGGAGAGAGUAGGAAUGGAUGAGUUAUAUAUGGGCUACGACCGAUGGUUGCCUAGUCCACCCAAGGUACAGAAGCCUAGUUCUCCCAAGGUACAGAAGCCUAGUACACCAAAGGUACAGAAGCCUCAGACCGUACUCAAUGCAGUCUCAUUAGCUUACCUCGGCGACUGUAUUUAUGAGCUAUAUGCUCGCAGGCACUUUUUGUUCCCCCCCUUGAGUAUUGAAGAGUAUAAUGAUCGUGUGAUGGCUGUUGUACGCUGUGAAGCACAGGAUGCACUGCUCCAGAGACUUCUAAAGGACAAUUUUUUAUCAGAAGAAGAGAGGAAUGUCCUUAGGUGGGGAAAGAACAUCAGUUCAGCUAAAACACGAACAAAGAAGCGUGCUGGUGCAGCAGUCUAUAACAGAGCAUCUUCACUGGAAACAUUAGUUGGACAUCUCUACCUGACAGAUGUAAAGCGUUUGGAAGAAGUCAUGGUGAAGUUGGGGUUCUCAACUGAUUCUUCUAUGCAGUUGACAUCAGAAGAUGCAAAUGGUAAGUCUGCACCAGCAUCAGAAGAUGCAAAUGGGCAAGCAUCCUAGUUGAUGAAGAUGGCACUGAAAUCGGAUGUUCCAAUGGGAAAACCUUCUGAUGACCUUUUUUGUACUGUAUGUUGAAUUGUUGAUAGCCCACGUGGUUGCGAAUUUGUUUAGUUUUAGAAAUUCUACGACUCAGAAGAUUUUGUGUAGGCCAAUAUCUAAGCUUUGUGUUCCGACAAUAUUGUACAAGUACUUUGUAUCUGAGUUACACUAAGUGCUGAGUUUUGGCACUCAGCAAAUCAUCAAUUUACGAUCACAGAUAAUCUAGGGUUCGGCACUAGAUUAUUACAGGGUUUCGACUUUA